AAAUAUUUUUGUGUACAAACUAAUCAAGCUGUCACCAAAAAAAACCCACAAACUCUGCAGAAAGCAGCGCCAAAAGGCCUACAUCAUAUCAAUGACCGCGAUCUCAAAGCCAGCUGGCCAACCACAGCGUGUGGAGCAUAAACGAAAGCGAUAAUCACAAAAGAAAAGGUAAAUUGCAAAAGACCCCGGCUAGGCCAUAAACAACUUGCCACCCAAGAAACGGCAGAACGUGCACGACAAAAAAAAAAAAAAACUAAAACAAAAAUAGUAAAAACAAAAACCACCAAGAAAUAGCAGUGAAAACAGUUGCCAGCAGCUUUGAACAAAUCGCCAGCGGUAGCAAUAAUUUUCGGCAAAUAAGGACACAUACGACACAACGCAUAGCAUUGCAUAGAAAUUAACCGCAGAGGAGGAGCCAAAAUGUCGACAACGUGGUGCAGCGGAUGUGCCACCAGCCGAGUAGCCAUAAAACUGCUCAUUAUCGCACUCUGCUAUCUGGCACACAUUACGCACGCCGAUGAAUCACUCGAUACACGUGAAGGUGUUGAUUUGGUGUUGAAAUGUCGCUUCACCGAACACUACGAUUCGAAGGAUUUCAGCUUUUACUGGGCCCGCUGGAAUUGCUGUCCGACGCAAUUCGAGAAUGUGGCCAUCGGCGACGUGCAGCUAAAUAUGAAUUACAGAAUAGAUUUUCGUCCUGGUCGUGGGAUUUAUGACUUGCAAAUAAAAAACACCUCAUACAAUCGCGAUAAUGGCCGUUUCGAGUGUCGGAUCAAGGCCAAAGGCACAGGUGCCGAUGUGCAUCAGGAAUUUUACAAUUUGACAGUUUUGACACCGCCACAUCCGCCGAUGAUAACACCCGGCAACAUAGCCAUCGCCACCGAGGAUAAGCCAUUGGAGUUGACAUGCAGCAGCGUGGGUGGCUCACCGGAUCCGAUGAUAACUUGGUAUCGCGAGGGCAGCACUGUGCCAUUACAAUCGUACAUACUGAAAGGCGGCUCCAAGAAUCAUUACACCAAUGCCACAUUGCAAAUACUGCCAAGACGCGCUGACGAUGGCGCCAAAUAUAAAUGCGUCGUUUGGAAUCGUGCCAUGACCGAGGGUCAUACGCUGGAGACAACUGUCACGCUGAAUGUGAACUUUUACCCACGCGUCGAAAUCGGACCGCAAAACCCGCUCCGCGUCGAACGUGAUCAAAUUGCCAAGCUGGAGUGUAAUGUCGACGCUAAGCCAAAAGUCUCCAACAUACGUUGGUCUCGCAAUGGACAAUAUGUCAGUGCCACGCCCACACACACCAUCUUCCGCGUGGGGCGACAUCACGCGGGCAAAUAUACCUGCACUGCCGACAAUGGACUCGGAAAGUCUGGCGAAAAAGAUAUAGUGCUCGACGUACUCUUUCCACCCAUCGUUGUCAUCGAGUCAAAAACUCACGAAGCCGAAGAAGGUGAAACCGUGUUGGUACGCUGUAAUGUUACCUCCAACCCACCGCCUAUUACCAUCGAAUGGCUGAAGGAAGGCGCGCCAGACUUUCGCUUCACCGGUGAGCUGCUGACGCUGGUAUCAGUGCGUGCCGAACACGCUGGCAACUACAUUUGCCGCGCCGUUAAUAUCAUGCUUCCGUACACCUCGAAGCGCGUGGAGGGCGUUGGCAACUCGACGGUGGCGCUGUUGGUGCGGCAUCGACCCGGACAAGCCUACAUAACGCCAAAUAAGCCGAUCGUUCAUGUCGGAAAUGGUGUAACGCUCAGCUGUUCAGCCAGUCCACCGGGUUGGCCCGUACCGCAGUACCGUUGGUUUCGCGAUGUGGAUGGUGAGUUUAGCAACACACAAAAGAUACUGGCGCAAGGGCCGCAGUAUUCCAUACCGAAGGCACAUCUCGGUAGCGAGGGCAAGUAUCACUGCCAUGCUGUGAACGAGCUGGGAAUCGGCAAGAUGGCUACCAUCGUUCUCGAAGUACAUCAACCACCACAGUUUCUGGCCAAGCUGCAGCAGCAUAUGACACGGCGCGUUGGCGAUGUGGACUAUGCAGUCACCUGCAGCGCGAAAGGUAAGCCCACGCCAAUUAUACGCUGGAUCAAGGAUGGCACCGAAGUGCUGCCUGGCCGCAAGUUGUACGACAUACGCACCACGCCGACCGAGGGCCAAGGAGGUGUAGUCACAGUGCAGAGCAUACUGAAAUUCCGCGGCAAGGGUCGACCAAAUGGCAAUCAGCUGGUCCCCGCCGAUCGUGGACUCUACACCUGUCUCUAUGAGAACGAAGUGAACUCGGCCAACUCCAGCAUGCAUCUGCGCAUCGAACACGAACCAAUUGUGCUGCAUCAGUACAACAAGGUAGCCUACGACGUGCGCGAAUCGGCCGAAGUUAUCUGCAAAGUGCAGGCCUAUCCAAAGCCAGAGUUCCAAUGGCAAUUCGGCAACAAUCCUUCCCCACUCACAAUGUCCUCAGAUGGGCAUUACGAGAUCGCCACACGCAUGGACAACAACGACAUCUACACCUCGAUACUACGCAUCAACCACAUCUCACACUCAGACUACGGUGACUACACCUGUCGCGCGGUCAAUCCACUCGACACAAUACGUACACAGAUUAGACUGCAACCGAAGGGUGCACCGGAACGACCAGGCGCUUUGAAAGUGAUGGAAGUGUCGCACAAUUAUGCGAUACUCAGCUGGAUACCGGGCUUCAAUGGUGGCAUGCAGAGCACAAAAUACCUUGUCACUUAUCGCCGUGUGGCCACGCCGCGUGAGCAAACCCUCUCCGAUUGCGCCACACACACCUACACCACCUCCAUUGCGAGCAGCCUCAGCAGCAGCAGCGGCAGUGCGAGCAGCAUCAGUUCAGCUGAUUGGUUAGAAUUCGAUUGCUAUCGCGAGAAUCCAUGCAAAGUGACACCGUUGGAUCAAUAUCAAAGCUAUAUGUUCAAAGUGUAUGCGCUCAAUUCGAAAGGCAGUUCAGGUUACUCAAACGAAGCAUUGGCCACCACAAAAGUGAGUAAAAUUCCGCCGCCGCUACACGUCACCUACGAUCCCGAUUCGCAUGUUUUGGGCAUCAAUGUUGCGGCGACAUGUCUGUCAUUAAUUGCGAUUGUCGAAUCGUUGGUGAAUCGCGAAACGCCAAUGGCCACAUGGGAGAUUGUGGAUACGGUGACAUUACUGCCGUCCGGCGCAGAGGCCACAUUCAAAGAAGCCGUAAUUAAUCACAUUCCACAAACGACACACUACAGCGCGUCCGGUCGGACGUUGGGCCAUGCAGAGGACAUAACAUUGGCGCUGGCAGAGACGGCGCAAGGGCCGACGGUGCGCGUGAAAUUGUGUUUGCGCACAAAUCACGACCAUUGCGGACAGUAUGCGAAUGCGGAGAUUGGCAAAUCAUACAUGCCCGACUCGUCAGCGCUAACGACAUCCGCCGUAAUAGCCAUAAUCGUCUCAUCCAUCGCAUUCCUGCUACUCGUCGCACUCUCGGUGGUCUUUUUCCACUGUCGACGUGCUGCGUCCAACAAGAAGGCCAGCACCAACUCAUCCGCCAAAGAAUACGACCUCGACUCGGGUCGUCCGUCUAUUGUGGCGCAAACAAAUCAAGCGCCACCACCCUACUAUCCCACCGGUAGUUUGGAUAGCAGCAAAUCCUUAGACUCACAUGCGAUGGAGUUGACACUCACUGCCGUGCAGGACACCGAAGAACAGCUGCAUCAGCAGCAGCAGCAGCAGCAACAGCAACAACAGCAGAAAUCUGCGGCUUCCGUCUAUGGCUCACAGAAUGGUUAUGGUUAUCAUGUCACAUCAGCUCUUGGAGGCGUCAGCGGCGGUGGUGGUGGCGGCAAUGGCAGCGACGGGGAUAGCUAUCAAGUGACGCCAUUAGCGCACUCCACCAUUGCGGGCCGCAGCGAGUCGGACAUCAUACAGGAUUUAGCUAAUUAAUUAAAUCAAAUAAGGAGAAAAUAACAAAAACCAAAACCAACAACAGCAACAAAGCA